GAUUUGAUUUUUUUGUGUGCUACAUUUUGAUGUUCUUGUGAAAUUUGUUUCCCAGAUUGACGACGAAAGAUGGGGCGUUGAAGAAGAAGAAGAAGAAGAAGGAUCGGAUCAUGACGACGAAGGUGAAAGGCUUGAUAAAGGGGCUGAGAUAUAUAUCUCAGAUAUUUGAUGAAGAAAAAGAAGCAGAGAUUCAGAUUGGGUUCCCCACUGAUGUUAAACAUGUUGCCCACAUUGGAUGGGAUGGUCCUUCUGCUGCUGAUAAUCCCGCCUGGAUGCAGGGCUUCAAUGGAGCUUUAAAAUCCGCCCCUUUAGGCUCCCCGCCGCCUGCCGAUUCCAAAGACAACCCAGAGAUCAAAUGGGUUUCUGAAGAUACGAGGGGAAGAGGGGGAAGAUCGGGGAGCAGAGAGGCCGCGGAUGGGCAGAAGUCCUCCGGACGCCACCCUUCUUCCGGCGAGAACGACGGCGGCGCCAGUGGCUCCCCGAAAUCAUCUAAGCCGAGGCAGUCCAGGCGGCACAAGAGCGCUGCGGACGGUACCAAGUCUGCCGCCACCGCGGCGUCUGAUUCCUCCGUUCCGGACGUUGCCAAGAAAUCGCGACGAAAGAAAUCCAAGGAUUUCACGGCGGAUAGCUGCUCCCGCUCCUCGCGGACCAGCAGAAGCGCCGCCGCCCCUACCGCCACGGCGGCCGCCGCAUCAGACGCCGAUCAAGGACCUUCCCCACAUGCACAAGAACAACUGGAAAAUUGUUGAAGCCACCCACCCCCCGUCCGGCCGCCGGCCGAUUUUGCCAUGCCCAAAAUUUUGCAGACGACAAUUCCUUUAAACCUCAAAUCAUUGUAAAAAAAACCACAUCAUUUG